AUGGCAGAACCAAUCCAACUCACUGACGGCGCUCAACUCAAAGAAAAGAUUGCAAGCGGUGUUGCUGUCGUUCAAUUUCAUGCAACAUGGUGCAAGGACUGCAUCUAUGUCAAGCCACUUUACAGAAAAUUGGUCAAAGAAUCCAAGAACUCAGUCUGCAUCGAUGUUGAUGUCGACAAAGCGCCACAACUGAAAGCAGAGUACAAAGUUGCACAUGUCCCAACAUUCAUCCUUUACCAUAAUGGUGUUGAGCAGCAGAGAAUUGUCGAGCCAAAGUACGAGCAAUUAGAGGACUUCAUGUCAGUUGCUGCUAAACUUUAA